GGACGCCGCCCGCUGCCGUCAGAGCAAGCCGGAAGCGGCGGCGGGAGCAGUAAACAGCCCCGCCGCGAGCCCGCCGCCGCGCUUCCAUCUUGAGGAGCCGGGGCCCGCCGCCGACCAUGGGCAGCGUCCUGGGCCUCUGCUCCAUGGCGAGCUGGGUACCAUGCUUAUGUGGAAGUGCCCCGUGCCUGCUCUGCCGAUGCUGCCCCAGUGGAAACAACUCCACCAUAACUCGCCUGGUUUAUGCGUUCUUUUUGCUUCUUGGCGUGAGUGUUGCCUGUGUGAUGUUAAUACCAGGCAUGGAAGAGCAGCUGAAGAAGAUUCCUGGAUUUUGUGAUGGAGGAAUGGGAACAACUAUUCCUGGUGUGCAUGGCCACGUGAACUGCGACGUACUAGUUGGUUACAAAGCUGUGUACCGUGUGUGCUUUGGUAUGGCAAUGUUCUUCCUUCUUUUCUCCUUAUUGAUGAUCAAAGUGAAAAGCAGCAACGACCCAAGAGCAGCGGUGCACAAUGGAUUCUGGUUCUUUAAAUUUGCAACAGCACUCGCAAUUAGUGUUGGAGCUUUCUUCAUACCAGAGGGACCAUUUACAACUGUGUGGUUUUAUGUAGGUAUGGCUGGAGCAUUCUGCUUUAUUCUUAUUCAGCUGGUCUUGCUUAUUGACUUCGCUCACUCCUGGAAUGAAUCUUGGGUUGAAAAAAUGGAGGAAGGAAACUCAAGGUGCUGGUAUGCAGCUCUGCUGUCAGCUACAGCUGUCAAUUAUCUACUGUCUCUAGUAGCUAUUGUCUUGUUUUAUGUUUAUUACACUCAUCCAGAAGGUUGUUCUGAAAACAAGACAUUCAUCAGUGUUAACAUGCUGCUGUGUAUUGGUGCUUCCGUAAUGUCAAUUCUGCCGAAGAUUCAGGAAUCUCAGCCAAGAUCUGGUUUGCUGCAGUCUUCUGUGAUCACAGUUUAUACGAUGUAUUUGACUUGGUCAGCUAUGACCAAUGAACCAGAUAGGCGCUGUAACCCAAGUUUGCUGAGCAUCAUCGGUUACAAUAGCACCACCAUUCCAACCCAAGGUCAGGUAGUUCAGUGGUGGGAUGCACAAGGAAUUGUGGGACUGGUUUUGUUUUUGCUGUGUGUUCUCUAUUCAAGCAUCCGAACAUCCAACAACAGCCAAGUUAACAAGCUGAUGCUGACCAGUGAUGAAUCUACACUGAUAGAGGAUGGAAUGCCCAGGAGUGAUGGCUCCCUUGAUGAUGGAGAUGAUGUUCACCGAGCCAUAGAUAAUGAGAGGGAUGGAGUUACUUACAGUUACUCCUUCUUUCAUUUCAUGCUUUUCCUGGCAUCGCUGUAUAUCAUGAUGACACUUACCAACUGGUACAGUCCAGAUUCUUCUUACGAGACAAUGACCAGCAAAUGGCCAUCUGUCUGGGUGAAGAUAUCUUCCAGCUGGAUUGGCAUCGUGCUCUACGUGUGGACUCUGGUUGCUCCACUGGUUCUCACAAACCGCGACUUUGACUAAGCUGUGCUGCGCUCUAGGGAGACUGCGUUAGCUUCACCGUGUCCAUGAAACAAACAGUAUUCCAGAUAAUAGUGCAGUUGUAAAUAUGUGUGUGCACACGCAUGUGUGCGUGUGCUAUCCGUGUAGUAUAUACCCUGCUUUAUUCUGCAUGAUUACCUUGAAUCAUGUCUCUUGUCAUUUCACUAAUGACUUUUUCUAGCUGAGCUCAGUGACAAUUGCUGUAAUGGUGGUUUUCAUAGGAGCUUCGGGAGCAUUAGAUGUAAGAUCAGGACCUUUUGGAAGUAGGUUUUUUCCCCUCAAUUGCAUUAAAUAGUUGUAGGAAAGAAAGCGCAAGCGUUAAUUAGGGUAACAAAACAGUAUUAGAUCAGGCUUUGCAAGCAAAGGAGGGGCUGCCUUUGAUCCCUGUUGCCUUGAUUCCAAAUUAAGUCUGGAGUGAGCGUUGAUAGACUCAAAACUCUGCUUGUUGGAGUUCGCUGAAGCUCUUGCAGCAUGCUGGCACCAGCAGCCCGCCCUUUUCCUGCACUGAGGGCAGCAAUACCUUUAGCACAGAUGUUAAAUGGGGAAACCUGCACCUGAAGCUGCAGAGGAGCUGAUGUCCUCCUUGGUGCUGUUGGGUCUGAUGUGUCCUGUGGCAGACGGAAGGACAAACACCCUGGGGAGAAACAUCCUGGUACCAGAUGCUCAGAAGCAUGUUUUUAAGGCACCUGUUUACAACUUACACCUAUGUAUUAUUAUUUUUUUGUUUGUUUAAAGUAGUUUAAAUGGGAUAGCUGUGCUGUAAUUUAUUGCUGUUUUGUGUGCCACUUUCUUUCUUGGCUAAGCUACAAUCACAGAGUUUGCAAGGAGCCGAGUGGUGAAAACUGUGUAAGCCCUUUAGAGGAAUUUUUUGAGUAUUGUGGUUAAA